AUGGCCUCAACGGGGGCAGACGCAGCCAACGGCGCAUCGAACGGCACAAAUGGAAACCCCGCCAGCUCUGGUCCGACUCCAGCUCCAUCCAACGGGCAAAAAGUCCCAAACUACCGACUCGCUUAUACUCUAACUGGGCACACAAAGUCGGUCUCCUCUGUAAAGUUCUCGCCAGACGGCAAAUGGCUCGCCACAUCAGCGGCGGAUAACGAUGUCCGGUUAUAUGACGCCCUUACCGGCGAGUUUAAGAUGACUUAUUUGGGGCAUAAGCAAGGAAUAUCGGAUAUUGCAUGGGCAUCAGAUUCGAGCUUAAUUUGCUCUGCAUCAGACGACAAGACCAUAAGAAUAUGGAAGGUCGAUUCGCCAGAGUCAAUACGUAUUCUGAAAGGGCAUUCAAAUUACGUCUUCUGCGUCAACUUUCACCCUUUGAACAAUAUGAUCGUUUCUGGAUCCUUUGACGAAUCAGUACGGAUAUGGGAUGUGCAAAAGGGCAAAUGCCUGAAAGUGCUACCUGCGCAUUCCGAUCCUGUAUCGGCAGUGUGCUUCAAUCGCGACGGCACGGUUAUCGUGUCGUGUAGCUAUGAUGGAUUGAUCCGUAUCUGGGAUACCGCAACGGGAGACUGUCUCAAGACCUUCAUCGAUGACGGAAAUCCGCCAGUCUCCUUCGUCAAAUUCUCCCCUAACGGAAAGUACAUCCUCGCCUCAACGCUCGACAGCACACUCCGGCUAUGGAGUUACUCGAACGGCAAAUGCCUGAAAACAUAUACAGGCCACGAAAACUCGAAAUACUGCGUGUUCAGCACGUUUUCCGUGACUGGCGGGAAAUGGAUCGUUAGUGGGUCCGAGGACAAGAUGAUCUAUAUUUGGAACUUGCAGACAAAGGAGAUUGUGCAGAGGUUGGCGGGGCAUACUGACGUAGUCCUAUGCGUUGCGUGUCACCCAACAGUCAACAUGAUCGCGUCUGGCGCGAUAGAUGGUGACCUGACGGUCCGAGUGUGGGUGGAUGGUCCGUUCCCUAUACCGCCACCGGCACCAGCUCCAGCAUAA